ACCAAACCCCCGUUGUGUCAUGCAAAAAGUAGUCUACACCAAGGGAGAUAUGAGUCUGUACGAUAUUUGAGUGUGGUCACUGGCAACGGGGAGAGGAGGAGUUUCACCUUGAGCAGGGAAUUUGUGGGGGACGUGGCUGAAUGCUGACUAGAGAAGAGAGUAACAGAUCAGCGUGGGCCUUGUGUGGCACUUGAGGUACGCCAGACGCUCUCCUUCUCUCAUCGCUCAGCUCACCAAAUCUAUUUCCACCACCACCAAGAUGAGUUCCUCCGGCCCAGCCAUCGAUACUAACUCCAUGACGCUGACUCGAUUCACAUUAGCUGAGCAGAAGAAAGUCCCGCACGCGUCUGGCGACCUCACCCAACUCCUCGUCAGCAUCCAGACAGCUGUUAAGGCUAUUUCCUCGGCCGUCAGGAAGGCAGGAAUCGCUCAAUUAUAUGGCAUGGCCGGGGACGUGAAUGUUCAGGGUGAGGAGGUGAAGAAGCUGGACGUGCUGGCCAAUGACCUCUUUAUCAACAUGCUCAGCUCUUCCUACACCACCUGCCUGUUGGUGUCAGAGGAGAACAAGACUGUGAUUGAGGUGGAAAAGGAACGCCAGGGAAAGUAUGUGGUGUGCUUUGACCCGCUUGAUGGUUCCUCCAAUAUUGACUGUCUAGUGUCAAUUGGCUCCAUCUUCUCCAUAUACAGGAAGUCAACAGAGAACGAGCCCAAUGUUAAUGACGCCCUUCAGCCCGGCAACCAGAUAGUGGCUGCUGGGUAUGCCCUCUACGGAUCGGCCACCAUGAUGGUCAUCUCCACUGGCAAUGGUGUCAAUGGCUUCAUGCUGGACCCGAGCAUUGGUGAGUUUGUCCUUACUGACCCCGGCAUGACCAUUAAAGAUAAGGGAAAGAUCUACAGUCUGAACGAGGGCUACGCCAACCUGUGGGACCCAGCCAUAUCGGAGUAUGUCCAGGGAAAGAAGGCUAAGAAGGCAGGUGCUCGCUACAUUGGCUCCAUGGUGGCCGACGUGCACAGGACCAUCAAGUACGGAGGCAUCUUCAUGUACCCUGCCACUGCUGACGCACCCAAGGGAAAGCUACGCCUCCUGUAUGAGUGCAACCCAAUGGCCUUCCUGGUGCAGCAGGCAGGAGGCAAGGCCACCACAGGGAAGAUGCCCAUCCUUGACAUCGUCCCAACAGACAUCCACCAGCGCACUCCCAUCGUCCUGGGCUCAUCAGGGGACGUGCAAGAAGUUAUUGACCUAUACAAAAAACACAAUCUCUAGGGUAACCUGCAACCUUGAUCAAGGCUAAAUGUUUGAAUGAUUUGAGUUUGUUACCUUGUUGAGAUUGAGAUGUUUAUUUUAAAGUGAUGGAAGGAGUGCAUGCAGUAAGUGGGUUACUUGAUGGUGCCUAUGUAUGUCUGGGUCAGUAUGGGCUGGAACCUGAGCAGCUUUUUCUUCUCUUAAUUAAGUUGUCAUUCUAAUUUCUUUUCACUGAAUUGUAAGUCAAAUAACUUGAUAAAGGUGACUGUAUUUACCUGACAGCAACUUUCAUCACCAUUGCUGUUGUAGUUGAAAGGUUGCAAUAAUACAAGACUGUGAAAGGAAGGUUUGAAAAUUCUAUGCUUGUAAAAGUAAUUCACUGUUCAUACAAAAUUCCCCACAUAUGUAACAAAAUGGAGAGGUAUUGUUGAGGUGGCUGUGUAACCCCGUGACCUAGCCUUCCCCAAACCCUCACACCAACCAGGGUCAUGUAUUGUUGAUAAAAACUCUGCAGUGCUCACACUAUUAAGAUUUAGUUCUGAACAAAAUAUAAAUCUUUUUAAAAGUACCACAAAUUCUCUUUACUUAUAAAAUGUUCUUAAAUUAUUUAACGGAAUGAUUAUUUCUUCACACAAUUGUCUGAACACAUAACCUUAGUCUGGUGGCCCACAUGACUGUGGGAGUGACAAAAUGGGAACGCAAUCAAAUUUUGGACUAAUUUAGGCAAAAUUUCACAUUAUCUAAUUUGACUAAUACAACUCCUAUGGAGCAUAAACUAACCAUCAUUCACAUUUAAAAAAAUAAUCUUAAGAACAUUACACCACAUUUUAAAGCUUUAAACAAUUUUUUUUUUUAAUAUAUUAUGACAAAUAACGAGUGUUACCACCGGAUUAGUGUGACGCCUCAACUCUGAGCCACUGUACUAAGCCUUUGCACAUUUAUUCUCUAUGAACCAAGAGCAAAGCCAGGCUUGCCAGCACCCUGUAUCAUGGAACACAUGAGGUUGGUUUCAUAUGAAAGCCACAAGUAAAAAAAAAAAAAAGUCAAACACUGAAUUUCAUUGCCACACCCACACCUCUGUCCCCUAUGUUGAGUGCUGACCCUGACUGAAGCUUCACCUGACACAUGGGUGCAUAGAUCCUGGUGAGUAAUGAUGAGUCAAACACCUGCCCUUCUGGCCCCACACUGCAAAGUGUGGCCAGAAGGGUCGGAAGAAAACAACACAUCUGCUUCCUAAAACAAAAC